UGCAUCUCAGUGUCUUGGUUUUAUACGUGAUUCAUUUUGGUCUUAUCUUAAAAUUAGCAAUUUCAUCAAAUUAGGUUGCGACUGUUGAUUCUUCUGUGAUAUCUGUACUUUCACUUACUGUGCCCGCUCGAUCACCAACGAAAUAGUUCUUGGCUAUUGGCAAAAGUUCCGGAUCCUUUGAAUUGUGUACCCUUGACACAUCUACUGGCAAAUUUGACAAUAUUGGCUGUUAUAAUACACAUGACAGCACGGUUUCUGGUUUAGCUUGGGCGUUUGAUGGACGUUGUUUGUACAGUUGUAGUCAGAAUAACUCCUUGAAGAGCUGGACUUUCGUUGGAGAUUCUCUGUCUGAAGUGCCACUUUCCCGAAGCAGUCCUGGUUUGAAGAGCUCCACAGAGUUCGCUCAUGCAUUAGACUCUUGCUUUGGUCUAUCGGUAUCUCCUGGAAAUUUGGCAGUUGUUGUGGUUCGCAGAUAUGACAGUGAUCUACUAGAUCCGAUGUAUGAAGGAAGAUCUCAUAAAUCUGCAGUUGAGUUCCUUUGGGUUGGAGGCCAACAAUUGGACCCUUUUGUUAUUACAUUUUCAGAGAUAGCAAAGGAAACAUUUCCUGGAUUCCCGGAGAAAGAACUGACUUGGUGGGAAAUGAAUAUACUCGGGCGUCUUAACAAGUAUGAGAACCCCAACAGGCUUCUGAACAUUUUUGAUAUCGUGGCAGCUCUCCGAGCCUUCAAGCAGUCUGCACCCAAGUAUGUAGAGCAUAUCCUGCUGAAAUGGCUGGCAUCUUGCUUAGGAUCCAAGUGUGAAAUAUCUCAUAAAUUAUUGUCUGAAGCGCCUAAGCUUCGGACCAUGCACUCAUCCCGUCAGUUGCACCGCAUAAACAUAAUCAGCAGGGAAGUGGUGCUUAAAGAAUUCAUGACAGAGAACGUGAGCGGAAAAGAACAUGUAUUAGAAGGCUCGAGUUGUGACAAGAAAGAAGAAAUAAAUCUGUGGAUGGACUUUCUACUUAGCUGUGAAAAAGAACUCUUGUUGAGGCUUGUCAGCAUUAGUAUUUCAUCAGAAGAAUUUUCCGGAGUUGGAGGUGAUGGAUUGCCACAGAUGAAGCAGUGGCUUUUGCAAAAUGUGAAAGACGAAUACAUAUUCCUUGCAGCAGAAAUUAGAGAGGUUAAGAAGAGGAAACUAGAGGAAACCUCAGAACAUGAAGUGCAUGAGCGCUGCCACUUCUGCACAGGCAUUGUGCCAUUCGAAUCAACUGAGUACGCAACUUGCUCCGGAUCAAUAGACAAAAAUGGGGUUAAUCGAACGCACAAGCUUCAAAGGUGUGCAGUUACUCUCCAGGUUCUACCAACUAAGCCCUCCUGGUAUUGUAUGUGUUGCCACAGACGGGCUUCAAAGAUGGCGCCCACCAUUUUGUUUGCCAUGCCCACGUAUCGUUCCGAUUUCAAGUCUUUCAUAGAGUCUCCUACUCACAAGCAUACUUCGACACCAUACUGUCCCUUCUGCGGCAUACUUCUACAUAGAUCGCAACCGCAAUAUUUUCUGUCACCUUCCCCAGUUUAAACCAGAUUCUUCCAAUUGCAAUGCAUUGCUUGUAGAAGUAUGAUGUUGAUUUAUGGAAAAUGAAAGCAUUGAUGGGAUCAAAGUUGAGAAUAUGCUGCUAAUGUCACAUUCAUAGGUUGUACAAGUCAUGGAAGAAACAGUUGAAUACAUUAUGUACAGUAUGCUGACUUUAAUGAUUAGUUAAUUAUGAUUACCGCAAGGAAAAAAAAUGUUGCAUUUUCCA